UUGGAUGCCUGGUUGCCAGGACACCGUUGCCAGGCAACCGCGUCUGUACACUCCGGUGCUGCCGGCCAGGGUCUGGUGGACAUGGCGGCGCUCGGCCGUAUCUCGACGACCUCGUCCAGCUUGUCGGUGAUCUCGGGGUCUCCGCCGGGACUGCCGGUGCCCCUGCCCCCCCUCUCCGAAACGGUCUCCAAGUCUCCCCUGCAGUCCAAGACCAGCUCCCAGGACUCGCUGCCCAGCUCCCCCUGCGGCGAGGACGCGCUGCCCCUCGCCGUGUUCUAUGGGCCGCUGGACGCUAAAAACCCGCUCCUGGCCUCCCUGGAGAAGGAGAUACAGGAGUUGCUGGGCUUCCUGAAGAGAAAGAAAGCUUUAUCGACCACGGAGGAGAAGAAGCACGAGUUCAACCGGCGUGGUGCCAUCUCUUUGUUUAAUAUCUGGACCAAAUAUGCACCCCGGCUACCCGCUGCCUAUUACAACGAAAAGCUUCUGAAGGUUGGAGAUAGCCUCUGCGAAAUGAAAGAGUAUAAAUUGGCCCUUUUACAGUGCUAUGGAAGAUACCUUCAGCAGUUCAGUAUCAGCUUUGAUGAGAGCAUAGCAGAUAUACAACAAUUCAAAACUGUCUUUUUUCCAAACGGCGUUGAAGACCAAACUGCUGCAAAUACAUUUCAUGCUUUAAAUGGAAAAAACAUUUGCAGCUACCAGCUGGUCUGUGACAAUGAUUUGAACCUGCAGAACAAAGAGUCCGUGAUCCAGUGUCUGCAUAUCUUGUCCUCCUUAAGACUCAUCAUGCAGGUGGCCUUGCCACAGGAGCACCUCUGCUGGAUCAUCUACAACGGUACUAUUUACAUUUACACCAUUUGCAGAAAACUGAUGAUUAUUGGCCAGUCUUCCAAGACCUUACAGUAUCUCCUGUGGGCCAGUGUGUGCAUGGAGUCCUCAGUCCCACUCCUGUCUGUCAGGUAUUUGACAUGGAGAGUUACUCUUUACACUGCGGUCUGCCAGUGCUACUAUGACUGCCAUGCUGCUGUCCAUGGAGAGGCCUUUGCUCGGCGUGCUUUAGCUAAAAUUGAUGAAUUAAGGCAACUGGAAUUAAUGAGCUCCUCACAACAACCAGAAACAUCCAGGAGAUAUUAUAGGGAGGCCACGAUAAAGAUGGCAGUGAUGAUCUUCAAAAGAGCAGUAUUUGAGUCCAGAAGAAGAAGCAAAAGUUUCUUUAGACCAAAGAUAAGAAUUAACCUAAAGGAGGUACAAACUUUGCCUUGGCCACGCACUAUCACAGAACGGUUGUUGGAUGAGAUGUUUGAUAGCACUGCAUCCCGGUUUCUGGCUGUCUUGGAAGCUCUUUCUGAUUCAAAUAGGCGGACACUGCAAACUGGACCUAUUGUUACAGAUGAAAUAGAAAUUCGUGAUGUUGUCUCAGAACUGUUUAUAGCAGGACGGGAACUUCUAAUAAUGUCAAACACUGCUAUGGAUGGAAUGCUUGGCUUUCCAAAAGUUUCCCUUCUGCAACUUAUUAUAGAAAGAAAAAAUAUUAUUUCUAUGGAUGCUGCUGUAAAAUUUAUAAAAUUAGCUUUUAACUAUGAGGAAUGGAGUUUAUUUGAAUCAGCAGCUGGACAGCUUAUUGAUUUUCUCCAGACACUGGAUGACCCAGAGUCAAAGAAAGCAGAGAAGGACUUAACUCUUCUUUUUGCAAUGGAACCUCUAGUCAAUGUAAAAAAGAACAAAGGUUUGGUCUACCCUUUGGAAAACUACAAAGAAGGACAGGCAGCCUAUUAUGCUAAAAAAAAUUUUCCUGAUUCUUGUAUGAAGAAUUAUGGAUAUUCAGAAGAUAUUUUUCAAUUAGCAGCAGUCUUGUAUUCCUGUGUCUGCAACUGUUCCCAGGAUGUUCAGCCUGAUAAAGAAAUUGUGGUGGACAUGAUAAUGUUCUUAUGGCAGAGAUGCAAAUUAGGAAUUCAGCGGCUCAAUAUAUCCAGAAACGACUAUAGAAAAUAUACCCAGAAAAUCAGCACUAACAAAUGGAUUUAUCUUCUGUGGCAAAUAAAUGAACUAAUUCACUGCUACAAAAUGGAAGACUUUGACAUUGUAGUAGUGGCAGAGGUCACAUUACGAUUAAGUGAAAUAUUGGAGAAUUUAGGAAACCCGAAAAGAACAUUUAAAAGAACUCUAGAAGUAACUGUAAGUAAAGGACCUAGUGAAUUAUUUGGGACUCCAAGCGAGCGCCGGGAAAUUCUUCCAAUAUUACAGAAAAAACCCUUGGAACAGUUAUAUUUGGCUUAUGAACUUCUUGACAAAGCAAUCCGUGCAAUAAAUGUCAAUUGCAUGUUAGCUACUUUGCCAAAUGGAUUAUCAGUGUUUGAUCAUUGCUAUAUCAAGUACACCCAGGAUACAGAUGGAGACAUUGCCAAACCAAUCACACCAAAUAAUUUCAUCAUGGAUUUACAUCUUGAAUUAAUUCAAGCUCAGCAUCAAAUAGCUGUUGUGCUUCUUGACCAACUGGACGUUUUUCAGAUUCCAACCGUUAGCAAAAAUAUAUCUACCAAAAUUCCAGAAAAACUAAAACAACCUGAACACAUUGAUUGUUUUACAGAAGUCAGUGUAAUGAAUAAAAUAAGGAAGAAUAAGCUAUCUAAAGCAAUUUAUUUGAUGAAGAAAGCGCUUCUAAUAUUUGAGAAAGAUGCAACCUCUACCUCUUCACAUAACCUUUUGAUGGAAGCAUAUUCUUUAAUUGAGAAGGUUGAAGUAGGACAAAAUGCUCAAUAUCUGUAUCAGAAAAAUAUGGAAAGUUCAACAAAAAAGAAAAGCAGAAUCCCUCCUCCACCUAUCCUGCUAUCCCGAACUCAUUGUUCUGUGACAUUGAAACCUGCUUCAUUUAUUUCCGAUGUUAAGGUGUCGUGGUACCGCAUUUUGGGCUGCAAAGCAGAAGGGAGCCAUGGAAAAGUGAGACUAAACAAUAAUCGUCUCCCAAACUCAGGAGAGGCGAUACCAGCUGAUGGUAAAAGCAUUUUUGAAGUGAAAGGUUUAGAAACCAAUGAAAAAUAUGUCUUUGCAAUUGCUGCUUACUCUUCUAAUGGGAAUCUUGUCGGUAAUGCUGUUGGGGAGACAACUAAACCAAUUCUGAUUUAUCCACCUCUUUCUGCUGUUACUGCUCGGAUGUUCCUGACUCAGGUUGCCUAUCAGAUUGGUAACUAUGAAUUGGCUAAGAAAGUUUUCUCACCAGUCUGGGAUUAUUUUGUCACUUCACCACCUCGCAAUGAACAGUCUGUGGUUUGUUUAAGCAGUAUGAUGACUAUUACACAGAGAAAAUUAUAUUCAGAUAUUUUGGCAGAGACUUCUUCAAUCCUUUUAUACCUUUUUCUCAGAAAUAUUUUUGUAACAAGUGACAUUAAAAUUAAAGAAGAAAAUCUUUUCUGUGAUAAUAUCAAAGGCAAUGAGAUUUUUCCUGCUCAACAAAUUGCUAGACUGAUGGAAUGUGAGAGAGUGUUAGUCGCAUUGGAACUUAGCAACUACCUAAAUGAUUCCAGUUAUGCUCUUCAAGCUGUGACUCAAUGCUAUGGCCUUCUUGCUCCUAUAAUCUAUCACAACAUUGUUUUGGUACCUGUCAUACAGAUCUUGAUAAAGUGUAUGGUGGUUUUGCAAGGACUACCAAGUGUCAUCCACUCAAAGAAAAAUAUGGCAAGUUUUGAAAGCAUACAGCAUAUGAUAGCUUGUUGUCUCUUCUACAUAACAAAGAUUCUGCGUUCAUGGAAGGAACAUGAUCUGGCAGUAAUUAUUAUAAAUUAUGGAAAAAAGAUGUUGGACAUCACGCCAGAAUGCAAAUCCCUAUUUGGUAUGAUUGAGCAAGAAGAAACACAAGAGGAGGGUUGUUCUAAGAAGACUUCUAGGACCAAGAGGCCACAGCAGACAUUGUCACCUGAAAAAAUAAAUGAACAGUUGCUCUUGAUGGAAUCAUACCUUCUCAAACUGACGAAGCAAUGUAUUACAGCUGAACUCUCAGGAUCAGAGGACCCUAUCUUUCUUUACCCUAUAGUUUUAAAUUGGUCGGUCAAAGGUGCUGUGAAAGAAGUUAUGAAAUUUAAACAGAGACCUAGAUUCCUGGAAUUUUUUUCCCAAAUUAUGCUGAAAUGUCUAAACGAUGAAAAAUAUUCCCUUAUGGUGGAGAUUACAAAUCCUGUCAGUGACUUCUUGAAAAGGAGACAUGAGUCCCUAGUUGGAAUGAAAAAAACGAAAUAUAAGGAUAAUAUUUUGGGUCAGAAAUUAGAUAAAUUUGCAAAGAAGUAUAAAGCUGCAAUAAUGGAGAUUGCGAAAACUACAGAAAUACCAAAAAGAAAAAAGAAAAUUAGGGGAACUCUAAGAGACUUUUUAUCCAGAAAUCCAUGGGUUGCUGAAUUGUCAGCACAAGAAAGAAAUAAGAGAGUUGAUGUUAGAAAAAUAGCACAUCGAAUCCUGGUAGAAAACUUGAAUCCUCUAAUAUUUAAUUAUAUUAAAAGGAAGAGGUUCCGUCAAAUAUGUCUUGAAGAGAUACCCUGGAAGGCUCAGAUGAACUUGUAUCUGGCAAAUGCACAUUUCAACUUGCUUUUAAUAAAGCUAGGGGAACGUAUGAAGAUGAAAUUUGGCGUUUCACAUACAAUGGUCAGUUUCCGGUCAUGUGAUCCUAGUAUAUUCUCAUUAUAUAAUUCAGGAACAGUAUUACCAACAGGAAAAUUGACUCUAGAAAACUAUAAAGUGAUGCUUGACUUCCUUCAUACAGCUAAAAAAAGAAGGAUGAAUUUACCAUCAGAUGCUAUAGAGUUUACAACAUUUAUUGAUUCCCAAAUGAGUGAUGAAAAUGUUUCUAAGACACAAACAGCUUCUGACCCUGACUUUCAAGGAGCUCUUACUGCUAAAGAAAGGGAUCGAGCAUCAACUUUGAGUCUAUUGGACCAUUUUAUGAAAAUAUUUUUAUAUUGUAGGAGAGCGAUGGUUUUUGCUCACCGUGGUGGCUAUUGGACUCUGCUUCAGAACUGCUGUCGGGCCCUUUGGAACUUUGCUCGGGAGCUACAGAUCCUUCUUAAACAAGCAGUGGACCUGUGUAAAAUAUUUCCUGUUAGUCAAGAUGGUUUCCUUUGCAUCUCUGUAUUACCAUUCUAUUUUGGAGCAGACCUACUUAUUGACAUGUUAAUAGAACUACAAAAUUCCAAUUCUAUUGAGAUUAUGGAAGAAAAAGGAGAAUACAGUGUUCCAAGUUGCUAUGGGAAUAUUAAAAAUGAUAAUGGCGGUUCUAGCCUUACUUUUGAGCAUCCUUUGGAUAAUGUAAAUAUGGUUGAUUUGAAAUGGAUCCAUGAUUUUGUAUUAAAAUCUCUGGAACUUUUGUAUCAAGUAGAAAAAUGGGAAACACUAGUAUCACUUGCCAUUCAAUUCAAUAUAAUUUCACAUGAGAGAUACACAGAGCAAGUGACACCACUCCUGGUGUAUGCACAGCGCCAGCUCCUUCUGAGAAUAUCCAGGUUUGAGGGCCCAGAUAUUAUCCAACAACCUUGUGUAAGAUAUGAGACCAAAUAUAAAGAGAAGAUAACCUGUCGGAAUUUUAUUGGGAAGCAACUCGAGAUUAAUCCUCCACCCAGUCAACUGGCAGAAACAGAUAGCGACUCAGAUUACCUCCAAAAGGUCACAGUUUCAGAAUACGGCUACGCCAAAGGGCUCCUCUCUGUGCCUGUGGAUGUGGCAGAUACGUUGAGAUGUUUUAGAGAGACUUUGGAAAAGUCCAGGUAUCACAACAGAUCAAUCCGACACAGCAGAAAGUUGCUUUCACUAUUUCUUGCACAGACACAAGGAGAUAAAGGAAUAAACAAUGCCAAAUUUGCUACUGGAAAGGUGCAGUUUUGCCUGGGGACGGAAGAGAUGCACAUGCCCACACCCCCCGACCUUUCUCAGGAACACUUCAGAGUUUUCAGUUCAGUGGAGAAAAGCAAACUUCCCUAUUCACAGCUCGGACUCGUAAUUUCUUCAUAUUACGAAACUAUUGAUGUUCUCCAAGCCAGCAAUCAAAGAAGUCUUAAAGUUCAGGCAUUGCAUCAACUUGGAAAUCUUCUUAUCUUCGCAGGAAAGAAAAGGGCUGCUUUUAAAUGCUGGUGUCAAGCUCUUGAUGACAUAUUCAGAAAACAAGAUGUGUUGCAUACAUGGAAAGAGUUGGGUACCUCGGUCACCAGUGCCACCAACAGCUGUUCACCUCCACGUACCAAAGACUACAGUGGGGAAUUCCUGUCCAGAGUUGGCAUUUGGGGGUGUCUGCAAGGGGCAGAAAUAUCGGCAAAGAUAGCCCAAUUUAUUAAAGUGUUGGAUGUUGAGAAGAGAACCAACUGUUGCAUUUUGUCUGCAUUACUCUUUCAGGGUUUGCUUAGAACCACACUUCCACAUCCUAAAGCUGAACGUUGCUAUGCUCAGUAUGAAAUCACUCAGCUUCUCCCAGGCAUCGAGCUCUUCUCAGAUCCAUACCGGGCUAAUAUUUGCUCUGUAGUUGCCAGUCUCUAUUUUGUAAUACGCGAGCUGCACUUUGCUAAGCAAAACAUAAUCAUUCUGCCUCUCCUUGCAUUGUACCAAUAUUUUGUUGCUGCAAUUUGCCAAGACUUGGUCAGAAAUCUAGAAGUAAGAAUCCUCAAGAUCGAAGUCCUCACAGAAUUAAGAUUCUUCUCCGAAGCCUUUCAUGAGAUAGCCCAGAUGUUUUAUGGGAAGCACAUGCCUUCUCUAGUCCCGACCCCUCCUAAAGCGUAUUUGAAAGUGAAGACAUUUCAACCAUUUGACUCAGGAAAACCUCUUACUAGUAAAGAAAAUAUACAGGCACUCGACGACUUAAUCAAUAAAGGCUUGCCUCACAUUCUGCAUUCAGUUGGCCUGCAACAUCUUUCAAAUAAGUUUUCUUUUGUUAAAGCAUACUUGUUAGUAAGUAUGGCUGAAACAAUAAAUUGCGUUCCAGAAAAUAUAUUAAAAAUAAGCUCCCAUGGGAAGAACAAAAUGAACAUCUCAAACUUGAAAGAGCUACAUUCAAAGGAUAAUGGAGGCAUAUUUGGUUAUUUUAAAAAACUAAAAGAGGACCUCACUCUUAGUACACUAAAGUCAAUUUUACUGACAGAAGCUGAAGACAGGCUCAACUCCCUGGUGUCAGAGAUGGAGCCGCCAGGCCAGAAGGGCCUUGCCCAGUGCUCUGUGAGCCAGCUGGAGAUAGUGAUGCAGGCCCGGCUGCAGCUCGCUGCCAUUGCCCUGCAGAGACACCAGGCGGCGUAUAGUGUUGCAAUAGUAUCUUCCACACUUAAGCUUCUCCAGGAUUCAAAACUUUUUCAAAAGAAGGUGAUACCAGUUGACACAGCGAGUUCCCUCUCUCUAGAAACUUCUGUCAUUGAAAGUAAAGAUGAUAAUGAAUUUUUAGAUCCUAUCUCCCUAAAUUCUCGAGAAUACUUCAACAUUCAUCUGUGGUUGAGGUGCCGCUUAGCAUUGGUGACUGCGUUUGUUGCACAGAUCCGUGGCAUUGGAAUCGUGAAAGAAAAUGAUAUGACAGAUUAUGUUAGCCUCAUCAAUGAAGUGUGUGUGGAGGCAGAAAGUGCAGGCGACAAGGAGCUACAAGCUGAAUUCUUGAUGCAAGCUGUAAUCAUUGGCUUACAAGAAAAGCAUUUAAAGGCAGACAUCAUAACAAACCUUCAGGCCAUAAUACAUUUGCUUGAAGGAAAUGAGUUUAUUUCUCCGAGAUCUUUUUUAACUCUGACGAGAAGCUUGCUUUUGCUGGAUGACUUAACAAGGGCAGAGAAAUUCAAGGAAAUGCUCUCUUCAAAAACAGAAAAAAAAAAUUUGUUGAUUCAGUCUCACACCAUUCUUAUUGAACAGAUGCUAACUUUUGGAGAAACAAUUGAUUUUCCUUCAUCAAACACUGACUAUGCAAGUCCAUUACAGCCUUUGAAAAAUGUCUAUCUUCCUCAUAUCAUGUUAUUGGCCAAAACAAAAAUGAGAAUAGGACAUAUAGUGGCCAAGAAAAUCUACUAUACCAGUAAAAAGAAGGAUUUUUCAAAGUGGUCACCUGCUCUUCAACUUUUUGAAACAGCAUUGAAGCUCUGUAAAAUUUCAGCAACAGAGGAACAUGAGGUGGAAGCUGAAAUCCUUUUUAAGAAAGGCAAAAUAGAAUGUCAAAUGUUGAUCGAGGAUAAAUCUCCAAAUUUGCCACUUGACACUUUAUAUGAAGCUAUACAAAUAAGCUUGAGCCAUGAUCAGAACUCAGGGUUGAUAAGGGACUCCUACCUAGAGGUUGCCUUAUUAUACCUACAUAUGAGAAGGGUAAAGCACAAACUUUCAUCAGCACCAUUAACACCUAAGAUUUCUUUCAGAAGGCAUAGUUCUAUUAAAGAACCAACAGUAAACAGAUUUGAAAUGUUCAGUUCACUGGCCUGGAUUGCAAUAAGAGCUGCUGCACAGGUCAGUAAAGCUGUGUUGGCAAUUAACUUGCUUAUUGGAAAGAAGAACGUUAGGACUGAUCAAGUCAGUCAAGAGGCAUUGCUUAACAUCCCAGAAUUUGCCACUGUGGACCUUUUGUCUUCAUACACAGAUUAUUUGCAUGAUAAGUACCAAGUUGCCUUCCAGACUACUGAUAGCAUACCUGAGGACACAGAUGCCAUAAAAAAGACUCCAACUAAAGUAGAUAUUACAUGGAUCCUUCUACUACGCUACUACAUUCACCUGCAAAGGAUUAAUAACAUGAGCAAGCUUCUAGCAUCUCCAAAGCCAGGUUCUGGAAUUUCUUUGCCAGAUGAUACACUUCUCACGUCCCUUUUCAACUCUGGGUUGAUUUUGCGCCAAAAAGAAAUGCAUAACUUCCUUAAAAGAUUUUUACUUCUGUAUUCUUCCUCUUGUAUUGAUGAAUUUCCAAGAGAACUAUUUCAAGGAUUGGAAUCCCCAUUUUUUUCAGAAAGAGUCAUAUUUGAGAUAUCAGCCAAGGGGACUCGUGACAGUUCCAUAAAUUCCAUUUUAUCAUUAAAGUUGAUUUCCAGCCAAAGUACUAUGGAGUCGGUUUCAUCAGAUAUGGCAAUACAAGCUUUAAACAAAGAGCUUUGUUUUCAAUGGUACAUCCCUCCCCUGGAAAGACCUCCAAGGGAAGUAGAACCUAUGGUUUUAUUGUUGUAUGCAUAUAACAUGAAGCCCCUGAAGAUUUUAGAUGUUAGCAACGUCAGUUACAACAGUGCCUUUGUUGGUUCCUUCUGGGUUCCCCUGCAAAGUGUCAUUACAAUUCAUGAGAAACUAUCAAAUCUUAUGCAAAUCGCUGAGAUCUCGUUGCCAGCAGUUCCUGAAGUUUCUCAGGAUGAAAACGUAUCUGAAGCACAGGAAAUGGAAGUGAAAUGGAUUGAUACAGAGCUGGAAAAAAUGAUUAUUGAAUGUUGCUCAGAAAUAAUAAGUCUGUUUAUGACUGAUAGAGAGACACAACCACUAUCUAAGGUUCCAUUUAAGGUCUCGCUGCCAUCCAUACUCAAUCUCGAGAGACUUUUUGAUCUUGCUAAUGGUUGUAUCCUAUCAGGAGGAAGCCUUUUCAACUGGAUUGUGUCGCUUAUUCUCUGAACAUAUUUACAUAUUAACCUCAUAAAGGAUUUCAUUCUUAUUGUUUUUCUUGGUUUGAAAUAAGUUUUGAAAUGGUCCUCUUACAACAAACAAAAUAAAAUUGUUUUCUUAC